AGCGGGAACAGGCUGCAGAAACUUGCGCGCUAUGUUUGUUGAGAUGAAAGAAAAUAUAUGAACUUGAAUUUCUACCUCUUUUAUAUGACGAGAGGUUAGCGGGAAAGUGCGGAUUUUUUCUCGCUCCCUCAUGGAAGCUUUCCGAAAGCUUGAGAAAAUUGGAGAAGGAACAUACGGCGUUGUCUAUAAAGCAAAAGAUAUCGAAACAGGACAAACGGUCGCUUUGAAAAAGAUCCGGUUAGAUGCGUAAGUAGUACAAAGUUUUGUGCAUGCUAACCUUCGGUUCAUCCCUGGAAUUUCCAAUAUUUAGGUUCACUUUAAGGUCUAUUCGAAAAUUAAGGAUAGUUUGACUAAAAAAUCUUCGUGUUUUUUGCAGUAAAAUUGAGGAAAAUGGCUUUAGUUUCUUUAAAAGCGUGGGGAUAAACGUGGAAACCUGCGAACGCUCAUUGUGAGCUGGCAUGAGUUGUUUAGCCAUUUAUUUUGUAGGCUAGUUAAAAUUGCGUUACCUUGCAUUUUUCUCUCAGGGAAUCUGAUGGAGUUCCAAGCACAGCAAUAAGGGAAAUUUCUUUACUCAAAGAACUAAAUCACCCAAAUGUGGUGAGGUAGGUGAAGAUAAUUGAAAGCUGUAAUUGUUGUGGUUGUUUAGACCUGUGGUUUCUUUUGCCUUGAGCUCACUGCGAUUAAAACAACGGCAAUCAAAUAUUGAAGACACUGUCGGUGACUAUCGUCAAAUGGCACGAAAAGAAAAUGCUUCUCUAAACGCCAAAUAAAAACACCAAAAGUCCUGUAGGAAUUUUGUUAAUGAAUGAAUGAGUGGCGAAUGUUGGACUCGACCAAAAUGUAGUUAAUUUCAAUUUGUGAAAACCACCCAAAGAGCGUAGGAUUAUUGUCGUGAAGCCUCUAGAACAUCUCAGACGAAUACGUUAUUUAAUUUUUCGAUUGUAUUUCAACUUCAGCGCUUUGUGUAGCAUUUUACAGCUAGGGAAAAGAAAACUAUUUGUGGGAUCUUCGUGUGUCCUUAAUUUGUGUCGUGUGAUGUCCAUUGCGAUGUUUUUCCUUAUGUUAAUUGGGUUCCCUCUUCUUAUGAAAUCCCACCAGAGUCACUCAGCCUCCGUUUAACGAAACUAUUUUCAUACAUUUCUCUUAAGUCAGGCUUUUUAUAGUUAGAUUGAAUGCUGGUAAUCUCAUAGCACUGCAUUUGAGAAUAUUAGGCGGAUUUCGAUAGCCAUUGCGUUCGCUAUAAUCUCUCAGAUUGUUCAUUUCGUCAGAAAGUACAUAAAUAGCGCUCACUGUCUAAUUUGACCUGGGGUCAAACGGUAGAGUAAGUUUUCAAGGUUGAUAUUUGUGAUAAGCAAAAGGAAAGCGACAAAAUCGUUCCUUGUCAUAUAUUGUUUGAAUUACACCACCAUAUGUAUUAUACCCACGUGUUGACAAUGGUGUGAACAAUGGAGCUAAGCUUGCCCCUUUUUAACAAAUGGCAACUCCUUGUAAAAUAUCGGGAUUCAACAAUUUAAUUCAAUUCAUUCCUCAACUUGCAGUUUUGGUAUUGUUGUUUCUUUUUCACUAUUGUCAUCUUAAUCACAGAUGGAACCUAGGUUUUGUCUCAGUUGCAUUAAUAAUAUUAAAAUAAUAAAUAUUACAUCAAUAGUGCUGAUAAUCUUGAUGAAAGUAAUCUUGUUUUACUGUCUGAUUGGCUGUACUGUAAAAAAACCCUGUCAAAACAUAAGGAACAUAAGCAACAUGCUUUCUUUUGUCCAAAAAGCUGAUUCAUCUGAAGAUUUGUAUUGCUAAGUUUUAAAACUUUGGGAGGAAUUUGGAGGCAGUUGUAAUCUUUCUUUCAUUCACACAGAUUGUUGGAUGUGGUUCCCAGUGAAAAGAAGCUCUUCAUGGUGUUUGAGUUCCUUGAUAGAGACCUUAAAAAAUACAUGGACUCAGUACCUGCUGGUGGAAUUUCACUACCUUUAGUCAAGGUAACAUAAUUUCCAUCAGUGAAAUUCUACUAUGCCUCAGUGUUAACUGUGUUACCUGCCUCAAAUUACUUUUUCACCUGCAAAGAAUAAAAUUCCAGACCUUAAAGUUUUCCUCUUGGAUGUUCUGCAACUGAGCUACAGUGAACCCAAUGAUGAGCUAGGUCAUUAUUAGAUCUAUAUGUCACAUGCAGCCUGCUUACUGUAACGAUCAGCUAUCUUUUUGAACAGCCUAAAUCCAUUAAACAAUUAUGCUGAGAUUAACCAUCUGUGCCAACUCUAAAACUUUUUAUUUCCAGAGCUACCUCUAUCAGUUGUUAAGUGGUAUUGCAUUCUGUCACUCACACCGAAUCCUACACAGAGAUCUAAAGCCACAGAAUCUUCUUAUAGACGCUCAUGGAUCCAUAAAGCUGGCAGAUUUUGGUCUUGCUAGAGCUUUUGGAGUACCAGUUAGAUCUUAUACACAUGAAGUAGUAACCCUGUGGUAUAGGGCACCUGAAAUUCUCUUGGGUUGCCGUUAUUACUCCACCCCCGUAGAUGUGUGGAGUAUUGGAUGUAUAUUUGCCGAAAUGGUCAGUACAGCUGCUUUUUCCCCAUAACUGCCUCUUAUCCCAUCUUUAAUGUGUUCUCUUGUUUUUAAACAUACCCAUUGACUUUUCACAGAUAACCAGAAGAGCUCUUUUCCCUGGAGACUCAGAAAUUGAUCAGCUAUAUCGAAUUUUUAGGUAAGUUAAGGGAACAAAAAAGGUUUGAAACAUAUCUCCAAUUAAUACUGUAAAAAUUCUCAAGGGUUAGUUUUCUUCAAACCAUCACAGAACUGACACCAUUAGUCUCUUAAUGUUAAUUGAUAGAAGAUUCUUAUCCAAAGAAGAGAUAUUAAGUAGUGUGGCACUUUACUUCACAGAACAUUAGGAACUCCAGAUGAGAGACUAUGGCCAGGAGUAUCUGAGCUCCCUGAUUAUAAAACAUCUUUUCCCAAAUGGCCUGUGCAAAAUCUUCUCCAAGUUAUUCCUGCUUUAGGUCAAUCAGGUGCUGAUUUAUUACAGGUGAGGCUAGGGGAUAUUCAGUGAAUGAUGAAACAAUAGGAAAAAUUGAUAAGAAAUCGUUAUCACUCAUUUUGCAGGCUAAAAUAGAGAUCAGCUCAUGUGAUUGAUCAGACUGUUUUGUGAACCUUUUCUUUUUUUCAGUUUUAAUUCUCAAAGCCCUUCAAACUGAUAACAAUGGUAACAAAGUAUAUGUUCUUGGGUACAAAUGUUUCGUUUAAACCCUCCCCUAGCAGCAUGGGCUAAACUGACUCAUAGUCAGUUACUUCAAACAUUAAUUCAGUUAUUUUAUUGGUCGUAAAGGUUGAUUCAGUCCAAAGUAAACACUUCAUGAUCUUGUAAAUGAAAGAAAUUCAUAACUUAAUUUAUCCAACUCUGCCUGUGAGAUAAUCAUCAACAGCACAUUUUUGUUAUUACUUCCUUGCAGCAAAUGCUUAAAUAUGAACCAACGAGUCGCAUAUCAGCCAGGAAUGCUCUAAGUCAUCCUUUCUUUAGUGAUGUAAGAAGAAGUGCACCAAAAUCAUGAACCACUUUCAAGGUUCUCCAUCCUCCCCACUUCCAUAACUAGAGGAUGACAGAAUAACUAUUUAUAACUAAAAGAGUGUUUAUAAAUGUCACACAAACUUAUUCCUGGAGCUCAAUACUCAUGGAACUCACCCAAACAGCAUGGUGGCCAUAGUUUUGUGCUAUUUCAGAUAAGGCACUUUUCUUCUACUCUCAUUACAAUAUUGUCACAAGAACAUCAUUUUAAAAAAACUGCAGUAGAAAUGCAGUUUCCAUACUUCUUUCUUUACAAGAUGAAUUAGAAUUAUUGCAAAGAAAUGGCUUAGAGUCAGCUAUAUUUUAAAGCCACUUCAAAUGCUGGUGCUUUUAAAUUUACUAUUUUGUGGAAUUUCUGGUCAUUAGCUUUACAUUACUCAUUGUAAAUACUUGUACUCGUGUGCCUGUUGUACUGUAGAUACAUGAUACCUUAAGAUGAAAUGUUUCCAUUGUAUUACUUAAUUUAAAGUACUGAUGAAAGGCACUAACAGGAGUGCAAAUAUUUGAAAGAAAAUUGUACAUGUAUGACAACAGAAAUAAUACAUUAU